AUGAGAGAAAUAAUUUCAUUGCACAUAGGACAGGCGGGAGUGCAGAUAGGGAAUGCAUGCUGGGAACUCUAUUGCAAGGAGCAUGGGAUCUUACCUGAUGGGAGACUUGAUCAAAACAAGAUGGACGACGAGAGUGCAGAAUCUUUUUUUUCUCAAACAAGUGUUGGGACAUACGUUCCGCGCACAUUGAUGGUUGACCUUGAGCCUGGGGUGCUUGAAAGCAUCAAAACAGGGAAGUAUCGAGAGCUGUACCAUCCUGGGCAACUUAUUUCUGGAAAGGAGGAUGCAGCAAACAACUAUGCGAGAGGGCAUUACACAGUUGGGAAGGAGAUAAUUGAGCCGGUGAUGGAGCAGAUAAGAAGAAUGGCAGACAAUUGUGAUGGGCUGCAGGGGUUCCUGAUAUACCACAGUUUUGGAGGAGGAACAGGAUCUGGAUUUGCAUCUCUAAUGAUGGACAGACUUGCAGCGGAGUUUGGAAAGAAGAGUAAGCUUGAGUUCAGUGUAUAUCCGGCACCAAAGAUAGCUACAGCAGUUGUAGAGCCAUACAACAGCAUAUUGACAACCCAUACAACUUUGGACUAUUCUGAUUGCUCGUUCCUUGUUGACAACGAGGCGAUUUAUGAUAUGUGCAGAAACCUAGGGAUCCAAAGGCCCUAUUACACUGACAUCAAUAGGAUAAUUGCCCAGGUUGUUUCGUCGAUAACAGCAUCUCUUCGGUUCCCUGGAUCGUUGAAUGUCGAUCUAACCGAGUUCCAGACGAAUCUGGUUCCUUACCCUCGAAUCCACUUCCCCCUUGUUGCAUACUCUCCCAUGCUGUCGAAAGAAAAGGCAGCACAUGAGAAGCUGAGUGUUCAAGAGAUUACAAAUGCAUGUUUUGAGCCACAAAACCAGAUGGUACGAUGCGACACAAAGAAGGGAAAGUACAUGGCAUGCUGUCUCCUGUUCCGAGGAGAUGUGAACCCAAAGGAGGCUAACAAUGCAACAGCCAAUGUUAAGGCGAAAAGAACCAAUCAGUUUGUUGAGUGGUGCCCUACAGGAUUCAAAGUUGGAAUAAACAGUAGAAAACCCACUGUUCUCGAUGGAGAGGCGAUGGCAGAGGUCUCCAGGGCUGUAUGUGCACUUUCAAACACUACGGCGAUAUCCGAGGCAUGGAAGAGGCUUAACAAUAAGUUUGACCUAAUGUUUUCGAAGCGAGCAUUUGUGCAUUGGUAUGUUGGAGAAGGUAUGGAGGAAGGAGAGUUCAGCGAGGCCCGUGAGGAUCUUGCAAUGCUCGAAGAUGAUUAUGAAAGAAUCUCUUCGAAUGCAGAACCCAUUGAUGAGUAUUAA